GGCUGGUCCAGUGUGGCAUCAAGGUGCUUGCUUCCCGCUCCCCAAGGCACAUCCUCCCCUCCGCUGUAUCCCUCACUGUAAUCUCGCCAGGAUAUAAACUUCUGUAUUUGCUGUUGCCUGAGCGACAAGCGGCCGUGUGUGAAGCCCAGGUACGUCACGCUCAGAGAUGCUGCAGCCUCUACACUGAGCUAACCCUGCAACAAGAGAUCCCUGGCGGGUCUAGCUCUGAUGUGUCGCUCGGAUAUCCCUAAAACCCUGAUGACCCAGAGAGUGGAUGCGCCAGCUAGGCUGUCAGACUUCAGCUAAGCCGUCAGACGUCAGCUAAACUGCCAGACUUAAGCUAACAGCCUUGCACUGCAUCUGCAGGGUCGGCUUCCUACUCCUCAACAUUUAUCGUGAAUAUUAUAACAAAAAAGCUAAGUUUGCUGGUCAUCAAAUUAAUCGUCAAUGCGAGCUUCUAGAUCCAACACGAGAUACUGUCUCGAAUAAUGUGAUCGGCCCAACGAGAACACACAGGAGUGGAACAGCUAGGGGAAGGUGCCACUCUAUGACCCAGGGCCAGCCCCUAGCUCACCCCCUGACGGUACCAGCGUCGUUCACCUACUAGGGACAAUGGUGUCUAGUUCUCCCUAUAGCAGUGCCUUGCUACUGCAACUGCUUUUACUGCUUCUGGGAGUUCGGACACACGCAACGUUGCCUCUAGAGCCGGAGAAUAGCCAGAGACGGAUCCUUCCGCCCUUCUCUCCGUCCCUGGAGCUAGCCCGUGCUCUGGGGUCUUCCCCUGUAACCCCUCCCGGGGGAAAGGGGAGCCAAGCCCCCCUAGAGAACCCCAGGGGUGGAUCUUCAAGGCUCAGCACUCCCCACAUGGACGAACAGUCGCGUGAGGACCUACAAGCAGUCUCUGCAGACUCGGACACUCAAGAUACUUACGACAGAGGCUUGAUGUACGACAGGAGUCAAGACAAUGAUGAUGACGGCGUGCCUCCCCGGGGUGAGCUGCCCCUGGGAGAGGAGGAGAGGGAAGGGGGCUGCCCUCCGUCCCUACCUCAGGGUUACAUCGGCUGGCGCAAGGCUAGCAAAGUGGUCCGUGCGACACUCCCGCAUCAGGUGUUCAGUUCGUGCACACCUCCUCUGCGCUGUAGUGUUACCACCACCGUACACAGGCGGGUCUUCCUGCAGGGCGGUGACAGGUUGGAGGUAGUGCUCAAGACCCCGCCCGAUUACACCCCACCUCCGUACUCCACGCCCUCACCCACCACCACGCCUCUACCCACUACCACGGCCGCCACGCCCGCACCCAGAUACAUGGACGAGCAGGGCAGCGACACAGAAUCUCCUCUGCUGCCGUCGACGACGCAGCAGCCUACAGAGGAGCCAUCUCUGGCCUCCCCACAGGAGCAACACCCACCCACUAUGCAGCAGUCCCUCAACAACACCCAACUCUUCGGAGGCGAGAACCUCCCUGCACACCCGCCAGUGCUCGUCAGGAGGAAGAGAGAGGGUUUCGGAUGGAAUUCUCCUUUCCCGCUACCCCUGGCCACCAGCAGGAGACCAGUAAGGCUUCAGCUACCGCCCCAGGAGGAUUCAACAGAGGAAGAGGAAAAUGUGGGGCAAGAAGAGGAGUUCACCUCUUCAGCUUCACUGAAGCUUGAGAGUAAUCAGACAGCCUCGUCUCCACUCACCAUUUGGAAGGCGAGUGUGGCGGAGUGGGCUUCAUGCAGCACGCGAGAGGGAUCUCAGGUGGGUGAGAGUGGACCUGAAGGAGUGGUCACCCUUUCACCCAGGUACCUGCAAGUCGGCACCAAUUAUUUCAUAGGUCGCUCAUCCUGGUCAUCGACUGAGUGUUUCAAACUUCAGGUCACUGUACGCUCAGCUGAGUGUGGCGAGGGUUCUCUCUGCUCUGGAAAGGGUACCUGCUACACCAAGCCUGAAAUGGAGCACUUUGAGUGCCAGUGUUGUCCUGGCUACAUGGGUACCCACUGUGAGGAGAUGAACGCUUGUGUUGCAGAGCCUUGCCUCAACACUGGUCUUUGUGUUGACAUCCAGGAAGGCCAUGAUGGUGACACUUUCCAGUGUCUGUGUCCUUAUGGUUUCCGUGGCCGGUACUGCGAGGAGGAGACCAACCUGUGUGAGUCUGGUCCGUGUAGCAACGGUGCGACCUGCUCAGGUAACCACACCAGCUACACCUGCCACUGUACGCCAGGAUGGUCAGGUCCCCAGUGCUCCCAGCCCAGCAACCUGGUCCACUACUGUGACAACGACUCCUGUGCCCACGGUGUCUGCCUCGAGACUAAGGAUGGUUUCCGGUGUUUCUGUGAGCCAGGGUACGGCGGUGACCGCUGUGAGUUUGAGUACAACGAGUGCGAGUCGAACCCGUGUACUAACGGGGGCACUUGUAUCGACCAGGUGGGCGGCUACAGGUGUUUCUGUGGCCGAGGCUACACAGGCAUCCACUGCGAGGUCAAGUACGACUUGUGUAAUCCGGACCCCUGCCCUGCCAGCCGGGUCUGUGUGGACAAAGGUAACAGCUACUCCUGCGAGUGUCUCAAUGGCUUCAGCGAGGACAACUGCGGCCCCCACACGCAGCUGUGCACACCCAACCCCUGCGACAACGGCGGCACCUGUUGGGUGGUUCCUGAGGCGCACCUCUUCUUCUGCGCGUGUCGUCCUGGCUUUACCGGAACCACUUGUCAAGGUAUCCUGCAGGAGGUCCACGACGACGCUGUGCCGGAGAUGGUUGGUGCUGUGGGUACGGUGGAACCCGUGCCCCUGGACGUCCAUAUACCCCUCCGGAUGCCUCUCAACCACAUGAAGAAUAUCUAUGUGGCUAUAGCCACUCUGGCCUCCGCCUUACUCAUCUUCGUCUUGGUGGUGGGAGCGUGUCACUGCCGAGUCAACAGGACCUAUCGCAAGUGUUUCCUGAAGCUGCCUCGCCCAGGCAAGUCUCUCUCCACCAUCAGGAGACCGAGACCUACGUCUCUCUUCGAGAAAAACAGACGUGGCGACCGGAUGGGCGCCCUGCGGCUGGAGGCUGAGGCUGACGGAGCAGCCAUGCCCAUGACGUCUAAUUCGAACUCCGACGCUGUCUACUACAACAUGGAUGUCUGUGACAACCAGGAGCUGCCUCUCAUUAAGUAGAGAGACGCAGGGCCACUUCUAUUCUUCCAUCCCCACCUUCCACACCUCAUUGUUCCUCUACUUUCUCUCUCACUCCAGUCCCCUAACUCUCCCUCGGCUAUCUCCUACCCACCACUUAUCCUCCCUUUCCGCUGACUCUUCCUGCUUCAUCCUGCCAUUGAAGGGGGAACUUUACCCGAAUGAACAAAUGUUGAAACACUUUAUUCUUUUGAUCUAGAGCGUCUCCUCGACCCAUCAUGCUAAAAAUAGUUAUUUCAAUACCUUUUACCAUAAUGUAACUCAAUGAUUUGAUUUGUAGGGAAAGUUUAGUGUAAUCACGAUUUGUCUGUUAUCUCUCUGUAUAUAUAAUAUAUUUUAAGUAUUCCUACGCAUGUUAAAUGAAAUCGCAAAUGAUGGCCCAAUAAAGACCACAGAUUUUGUAUGAAGAUAAAAAUGUAUAAUAAUUAUUGUUUUUAAACACAGAGGGAUACCUAAUAUACAUGAUAAAUGUGAAACGAAGAAUGCAAAAUGUUGAAAGAAUCACUGCUGCUGCUUCCUCAGCGAUGUCUGGACGACACAUUGAACUUCAAGACCUGAGAAAACUUCCCACAGAACUCGGGCACUAGAUUUCAGCGUCACGUCAGUAAAAUACUGACAGUCUGCUUGAAUUCGUAUGCAAGACGGCUGACUUAACAAGCAUACACAGAAAUCAAGAAAAAUGCACAACAGAAAGAGGCUAAGAUAAAAAAAUUGAGUUACCAAUUGGGGAAGGAUGUUGAUGUAUAUAUAAAGACCGAAUUCAGAGAUACUGCAGAGUGGAUGUUACAGAUAACACUCACCAGAUGGCCACAGCUUGGAAGUGAUGUUGCUAACUAUAUUUGCCACUUCGUUACAGCUUACAUAGUUACUUUGGCUAAGUUGCCAACACUGAUACUUAAGCUCCAUCACAUAGAAUUUCAUAAAUGCUACCAGUACCAGUACAUGUUUUGUUCUAAAAUGCAGUAAACGAGUCACUGACAAAAAUAAAAUAGAAUUUAAUACAGUUCUCAACGUUCAGGCAACGAUGCGAGUUUCUGCUUAACACUCUGUGUUGCCUUAACAGUAAAAAUCUCUAUUUCUGCAUCCUAUACAGAGCUAAGUGAUAUUGGCAUACUAUAUAGAAAGCCUUGAGCAGUAUGCAGCUGUGUCUCCCAUGGCAAGAAAGUUGACUGUGUUCUUCAAGUUGUCAAACGCGUGUGUCAUCAACAGUGAUGCAAAGAUAAUCUUAAGAUAAUCUUAAGCGGUGAAAAGAAUAAAAUUUAAGAUGAAUGUUUGGAAGAAAAGUCUUAGUGCACAAAGACUGAAUUCCUUGUAAAAGUACAAGUAAAUAUAACAAAAUUAAAUGAAUUAAGCACUAAUUUAACGAAAUUACGUAAAUUAUGUACACUUUUAGCCAACAUUCAGACGUAUUAUAAACGCCAAUCUUGUAUAUAAUAAAUUUGACCUAAACUUGAUUUUAGAAAAUAUAAAAAAUAUGAAAAAGUAUAAUGUUCCAAGGCCUAUCUAUGUAUUUCCAUCAUACAUAUUACGUGUAUAUAUCUCCCUGCUUUCUGAACUAACCUAAGUGGUUGGACAAUUCCAGAAUUGUAACAGAAACCUUCCCUAGGGUUCAAUAAAGGAGCUCACACUGUAAGAAAAACAUUGCCUGUUUAUAUGCACUCUUCUGUUAAAAAAAACGAACACUGAAAGUUUUCAAUUGCAGUAUUAAGAUAAUGUAAUAAGAUAAUGUAAUAAGAUAAUGUAAUAAGAUAAUGUAAUAAGGUCUACCACUGUCAGUGUACAGUGUACAGAGCUUCAUUGUACGCAUUUUGCCAAUAUUUUUUUUUAUUGGUGAAGAUGGUAUUGCGACACGAGUCAUUGCAGAGUGAAAAUUGAAGUUUAUUCGGAAGUUUAAUGGAAAAACCUUUCUAGUGGUACAAUAUUAUGAAGAAGUUUUAUGUAAUUUUGUAACUGAUGUAAAUUCAAGUCAAUCCUAUUUGCACCUUUCUUAUAAAAUGUCAUUUAUGAAGUUUAAGACAUGACUCCUUAAUGUGAGAACACUGACAUGAGCUGACUGCACUACACCUUUUAAAACUUAUGCAAAUAUGUGACAGAAAAUACCUUCUAUAGAGGUUUUUGCACAGUUUGACUUCAUUAUUUCAAUGCAUAGGAUCCAUUGGCACUAUUUGGCAGGUUGGUUUCUCCAGAACCCAUGUGUAUACUGCACUGUGGGUCCUCCCAGGUGGAUUAGCAGUGACUGUUAACGUAGAAAGCAUCACAGUGUGAACCUGACUCACGAAAUCGUAAUGACACGAUUGCAAAUAAACCCUACCACGGGUGGGGUUAGAACCCGCGUCUGUCUAGAGUUUUGUGACUCUCUGAUUGCGGGUUCUAACCCCACCCGUGGUAUGGUUAGUGUGAACCUGUGUACUUAAGCAUGUGGAAUGGUAUAGAACAAAAAUAUUCACACCAAACGUAGGUUCUAAAGAUCAGAGAUGAUAGAAGGUUGGCCAGCUGGCAGUAACGCUUAAUGGUGUUGCUACCAAGUCUGCCAUCUUCCCUGAAUGUGAAGAAUACUUUCCAAGUCGUUUAUAAAUUUGCUUAAUAUAGAUAAAUCAUAGGAUGCCAAUGUAUUUUAUCAAAGCUUCUACUGACCUUCAUUUUCCUAUAUAUUUAGUGUUUAUUGCAAAGCCGGAAAGAUCAGAUAUUGAACAAAGAAAACAUGAUUCAGUGGAAAUCUAAGAUGCUACAGGGUUCUUGACUAAGAUGUAAACAAAGUGAGUGAAGGUUGUUUAUAACCUAAGUGAGGUGCAAAGAAACACUUCGGCUGGAACUGUCAAGGUGUAUUAGGUAUCUUUAACGUUGUAUUGCAAAAUAUAUUCUGGUAAACUUAAACACAAUACAGAGGAUAUUUUGGCUGUAGUUCUCUCUUUGCUUUGUGAGUAUAGAAGCUUGAGUUAAGAGUAGAGACAGCUUAUUUCCAGCUCACACAGGAAAGGGUGAGACAGCAGGUUACAGAGUUCAAAUAGCAGCGAGUUAGGCUUAAAAGACUGAUUUAUUACGACAAUUUGAUCGUUAUUCAUUGCCUCUACAAAAAGCACUCUCCUAGCGCACACUCCUCUAUCAUACAUUAUACACCGCCUAGUAUUUUCACCUGAAUAUUUCUUCAGGACAAAUAUGGUUUUAUUUUCUGAAGGAAUAUUUUUUAUCAUCAAAUUUCCCAAUUCCCAAAACUGCUUACUUGAGAAGUGGAGAAUUUACUGAUGUACUUAUAACUACAAUGUAUAAAUGUCCAGAAUUUAUUGUUAAAAUUUACAUGGUAUUUUGUCCAUUUCUGCAGACUUGUAUAAUACAACACUUGAUUGUUUCAUGAUUUCUAGAAUUUUGUAUUGCUUCAUGAUGCUCUUUGGAAAACUAAUGUUGGUAUUUGUAAACGAGAAUCUGAAUUACAACUAUCUAAAUAAUGCUGAUGUAAUCAUUUCCAGUUACACAAUAAAUAUUCAUUACUUUA